AUGCCACAGCUGCACUUCUUCAGGCAAGGCAGCUCGGGCAGCGCGGGCAGUGCCAGCGGCGGAUCGACGCUGCUUGGGUCGUCACCAACGCCAGCCCACGGCUUCAGCCAGAGCUCAGCCUCAGGGGCCGACAUCGCUCGCUCCUCCCCAUCCCAUGUCGCACGUCCGGACAUCUCCCUUCCCCUUCCCAUACCCGGCACAGGUCCUUGCGAGUCCGAGUCCAGGAAUGGCAGAACAGUGACGCCGCCGCCGCCGCCGCCGCUGCUGCCGGAUUCGGCGACAUCUCUGGGUCGUUCCGCAAGUGUUGGCCACCGAGGUGUUCAAGGAUCGUCACCACCUCAUGGGUCGCCUGGGCGUUAUCAUCCAACACGAUUGUUGAGACGAAAGAACUCGACAAAGUCUACUCGCGAACCCCGUGAGCGCGAGCGCAACACUGAGCGUGAGCGAUUCGACACCGGCGACAGCCAUGGGCUCCUGUCCGCCUUGGGAGGCAUGCACGGUGGUCUAGGAGCAGGGUUGAGCCAGAGCCGGCCCAAGGACCCCUCUCCACAUCGAGGUCUUGACCGUGACGGCGAACGAGAAUACCCGGAGCCAGGUACAGAUGCUCAACGGAUGAGAGACGAACGACGAGACCGCAGUCCUGUCCGCGGCACACGCACUGGGCGUUCACAUUCGGGCACAGGUGUCCCCCCGGCGCCCGUGACGACGAGCAGCAACAACAAUACCGGUUCGUUGCGUUCCCUACGUUCAGAUAACGGUGGAAGCGGGAUGCACGUCGCAAACGUCUUCUCGAACCCUACUCCCGACAUGCCGGGAGGCUCACUCAACCACAUCCCACCUGGCCACCAUCCCUUCCUCCUGCGUCCAGCGACGCCUCCGCCUCCUGAAUUCGACGUGUCAUCUCCACUCUCGCCGCCACGACGGCCAACGAGGUCUCCCAAACCCCCACCGCCUCCACGUAUCGCCCCCGCCCCAGCUAGUAAUAGCGGCCAGGGGGCGCUUGCGACGGCAUCGCCGGCUUCGACAACAGCCCCGCUUACACCCUUGCUACGCUCGCGCCCCAACUCGCCCACGAGCAGCGGAAGCAGUGACAGUGCACAACCACUGGCUGCUGCAGGUCUCGGAGUCGUGAACGUCGGGUCAGUCAGCAGGGAAACCGCGGCAUGGCUUGCGCGCAAGCCGAGUGGACGUCACCGAGCACCCAUCAAUGGCAGCUGGACUGCCGCGUCUUGGAAAGCGUCCUCCACUCCAGCAACACCAGAUUUACACAAUCAACCGUUCACGUCAUCCGUCCAAGUGCCAGUGCCAGAGCCCUCCAGCGCCAGCGUGUCAGGAGACAGUGAGAGAAGUCACCCGGUGACUGUGUCCCCGCGGUUCAGCACGGCUGCGGUCCUACCUCCACCGCUCGUUCCCCAGGUCAUACCCGGAACACCCACACAAACUGACGGUUCCCCUCCCCCUCAGCAUCAACGACAGAGAUCGCUGGUUGAAUCUCCACAUCUCCGCCCGCGCACGCCGGACGUGAGCGGAACGCGGAGAGGUGGAGGUGGGUACGAAGUCAGCGUACAGUGCUUGCCGCACGCCGAAGAUGACGAAGUCCGGUGGGAGGUGGUCGUGCGGCGUACCAGCGGGAACCAUCCGCCGCAACCCGCAGGACCUUUAGAUCUAGGAGUCGCGUCCACGAGCUUGGCACACGCACCGCCGCUGGCCUCGAGCGUAAACCUCUCCCUGGCUCUGGACACUGAGCACCCGACCGGCAAGCUCGUCUUCAUCGCUCUCCCAGAUCAGCACAGCACCCCGACCCGCACCCGCUCCAGGUCAUCCGUGUCGAGUCCACGCGGCUCGAUCUUUGCGGCACCACCACGUCCAACUGCUGCUACCUCAGUCCCACCGUCCUCUCUAAGUCUUGCUAGUGCCGCUCUGCAGAACUCGGCACCCUCCACCACAACACCGCCCAACGCCAGUAGUGCGAGCACCAGCCCAGCAACAACAGAUGCGGGCUCGCCCACCCCCAUGUCACCGCGGUCGGCAUGGAAACGGCACGGGGCAGUAUGGUCUGGCUCGAACGUGGAUGUGUUCUCUCCACACAACACAGGCGCAGCGGGCCUGGAUUCGGCCGUGCAUACCCGCAGCGAGACUCCUACCAACAGCCACGGCUCGUUUAUGCCGUUUCGCAGCAGCGACGCGCGCGACCCGUACACCGCCUAUCCCGGAGCUACAUACAGCCAGAGCAUUGACCGGUCGUCGCUCGCAUCCUCUGGUGACGUUAAAGGGUCCAGUCUGGAGCAAUUGAGUGUCACCUCGCCUUCACCAGCUAGCGUCAACGGCAGUUUGGAACGCCUUGACAUCCCUUCCGAACCAGACCACCAGUAG